CUCCUAAAUUCCCUCCCACUCAAUCCAUCCAUAUUCCAUUUCCUCCCUAAAUAAAGCAACACCCCCCACCUUUCCCCUCUCUUUCUCUCUCUACAAUCAUCAAUGGCAGCAAUUUCAUCAGACUAUUCAAACUCCACAAUUGCAGACCAUCUCAAAUGCCGCAAACCCAGAAACCAACGUUCAUCAUCAUCUUCAGAUCCAAAACACCCACAAAUGCCUUCAAUUAUUCAAUCCACUCGCUGCAAAUCCACCAUUUCUUCCCUCCUCCUCUCCACUUUCACCAACAAUCAUGAAAACACCAAAAUCACCCCCAAAAAACACUUCAAAAACCCCGGUUUACGCGGCUUCGGGUGCGCCGCUCGCCCCGAGGUUACCGUCCCGGCUGUUAUUAGGUCGUCCGCCGAUUGGGAAAGCAAUCAAACAAACAACAGGCAACAUAAAAACAAGCAUAACAAUGUUGCGGGUUCGAGUUCCAGUUCUAGAAAGAAGAAGAACAAGAAUAAGAAUAAGAAUGCGCAACAAUUGCAAAGUGUGUUGAUGGAUGACCCAAUUGGGUCAGUUGGUGUUCAAGAUUUAUGGUGUGGUGAUGCUUCUGCUGCUGCUUCUGUUGAUUGCGUUCGUCCUCUGUCUUCUGGUCACAACAACAGAGGCAAAAUUGAUCUUGAUAAACUUCAUCAUAGAGAGCGUGCCUCCUAUAAUUCUAGACAGAGAGUGAACACUGAGCAUUUUGCUGCCCCAGGCCUGGAUUCUGCCUUUGAUGUUCCCUCUUUUGGACCAGAUGUAUUUGAAGCCCAGUACUACCAUCAUAUGCGUAGUCGAACCCCCGAGGGGUUAGCAGAGAUCUUAAUGUUCCAAAAUGGUCUGCUGUCGGGAAGAAGAUCGGGUGGUGCUGAUAGAUACCGGGAUUUGAGACUAGAUGUUGAUAAUAUGACAUAUGAAGAAUUGCUCGAACUUGGUGAUAGUAUUGGGCAUGUGAAUACCGGACUGCGAGAUGAUCAGAUUGGCAGAUGUCUCAGGAAAACUAAGCUCUCUGUCAUAAAUGAACUUGCGUCACAACCCCGCAUAUCAGCUGAGAUAGAAGGAAAAUGCAGCAUUUGUCAGGAAGAGUAUGAAGCGGAUGAGGAGGUGGGGAAACUGGAAUGUGGACAUGAUUAUCACUUGCAUUGCAUUAAGCAGUGGCUUGUUCGGAAAAAUGCUUGCCCUGUUUGUAAAGCUGAAGCAUCUUCUCUUUAGGAUUUCGAGUGGGUUCUGUCCUGUGAUUAUUGAUAUUUUUCCCCAUUUGUAUAGAUUUAAAUUUGAUGGCCAUUACAUAGUAGGGUAGUGUGUUCAUUGCUGUGAUGUGAGUGUGUUGGCUGUUCUGAAGCUUGGUUUCCCACUUCAGCAAAGUGGGAAAAAUUUAUCAAAUAGGGUUUUUCUCAUUUAUUUUAUCUUCCCUGCUGAAGGAUUCAUGAGCCGCAGUAGAGAGUUUUGUUUCCUGUUAUUUGUUCCACAUAUAAAAAUUCGCUGUUUUGCUCCA